AUGGCCGAUGUCGAGGUCUACCUGCCCGGGGAUGCAAUACCAACCAGCCAAUUACCGACAUCUCAAAAGCGUAAGAUUGGUCGAGGCCUCCAACAAGACACCACGUCUGGCAAUUUCGUCUCAACCAUUGGAGGACCAAUUGAGGUUGACUACAGAAAAAAGAGCGUCCAGAUAUCGACACCGGAUGCUCGAUAUAUCGUCAAGGCUGGAGACCUGGUGAUUGCCCAGGUGCGGGCUUCAUCAGCCGACUUCUUCUACCUCCAUAUCAAUUCAUACUCACAGCAAGCAAUGCUGCCCCAAUUGGCCUUCGAAGGGGUAACCAAGAAGACCAGGCCACAGCUCAAGGCAGGUGACGUCGUCUACGCCAAAGUACUGUCUGCAUCGAAGAAUAUGGAGAUUGAGCUGACAUGUGUGAAUCCAUCAACCGGCAAGUCUGAGCCAGACGGGCUUGGGAAACUUAAUGGUGGCAUGAUCUUCGACAUUAGCCCUGGUCUUGCAGAACGACUAUUAAAGAAACAGAGUGUUAUUGCAUUAGAAGAGUUAGGAUCAAAGCUUCCUGGAGGCUUCGAGAUCGCAGUGGGAAAGAAUGGAAAGGUAUGGGUGGACUGCCCAGAAUCUGGUCUAAGAGGAAUCUGUGCGGUCGGGAAAUGCCUAACCGAGAUGGACGAGAAGGAAUUACAGGAGAAGGAACAAAAGAAGCUCGCCAACAAGAUCAUCACUGAGCUACAACGCGGGUGA